AUGACUGACCAGUGUGCUGUUGGCGCUGAUGGCAAUCUCAAAGAUGCAUCCGAAAUCGUGUGGCACAACGACCCAGAUGACAAGUGCCCUCUACCUGCCCCUGGUCGCACCACCGAAAAAUCUACUGCCCCAGUGCACCAUUUCUUUACUGGUGCUCAAUCCUGGAGCAAGCGAAAGGCUGUGGACAGUGGUCCAGGGACCAGCCGGCGAGUUGCACGCAAGGUAAUUCCAGCUUCCAGUGCUUCUAGUGACGAUGCAGGCAAUUUGGAUGGUGAAGAUGAUGCAGAGUGCACAGAGGAUGGUGCGGCAGAGGAUGGUGCGGAGGCUUUGUAUGCACAAACUAAGGCUAUGGGGGAUGCGGAUCGUGAGGCAGGCAAGACUCGUCUCAAAAGCGAACGUACUGCAGACGUUCGCACCAUCUUCGUCAAAAAGGAUGACGGGUCCGAGUCUGGACAUGUUUGCACCAUCUACGAAAAGAAUGGUGUCCCAGCUCACCAUUGCUUCUUCAAAGGAGGUAUGUCAACACUUCGUACCCAUAUCGCUAAGCGGGUGCCGCAUCCCAACCACUUUGCUGUUUAUCAAGCAUGCUGCAAGAAUCUGCAAAUUCCUAUGCACGCACGAGCAUGUCCAAAGCCUGAUGGGACUCUCCAAAGUCAAGGAAGUCUUGAUGGCAUUGUAGUUCAUCAGCCUCGGGCACCUGUUUUCACUACCAGCGGUCUUCUCGACUACAUUGUCGAGCUGGUUGUAUGCGAAGACAAGGCAUUCCAACUGGAUAUUCCGCACCGAAAGGCCCUUUGCGAGGAAAUCAUCAAGAAAGCCAAAGCUACUGAAGUGCGUGUCAAGGAAAUUCUCAAGGAUAUACCUGGCAAAGUCUCAUUCACCUUUGAUGCUUGGACUUCGGAUCCUGGUGACCCUUUUCUUUCGGUAACUGGUCAUUAUAUACAUGCACCACCUGAACGUCCUAAUGCCUGGAAACUCUGA